AUGAUGGUGUCGCGAAUUUCGUUGUUUAUUCUUUGUAUUCUUGAGAAUAGAAAAACGUGUCUGCACGCGGCAAAUCGAAACGUGGAAGAAGGAAAAAUUGAGCACAUGUCGCAUUACUCGCCUCUCCCCUCUUUGCUGGGUCCGUCGUUAGCUUUGAACUCCAGAGAUGGCGCCGCAAGUCCAAUUUCCCAAUAUCGACGUUUUGAGUGA